UCUGUGUCAAAGAACAUAAUCAUAGCUAUCAGAUUCCGCAGAUAGCAUAUAGCUGAGGUUAUAAUGUUAGUUUUUCACCAACCAGAAGUCUUAAGCUUAAAGUGCUGCAGCUUUUUGUGCUAUUUCAACUUUCUUCUGAAUUCAAAUUGACCCUCUAACUUGCUUAGAGAGUUAUUACCAAUGCCAUGAUAAAAUAUGAAUGUUGAGAGUCCGUGCUUAAUUCCAUUUCUUCUGAAUACAUACAAUAUUUCAGGGUUUGAAAGCAAUAAAAUCUCUGUUAGCUUAAUCAGAAGCUCUUUUUACUGCCUAGGCAUUGGUUUACAUGAAUUUUCUAUGCUUCUGAUAAAUCCCAGCCUUUUUUGCAGAGGCAGAUAACCGAAAUAAAUCCACACAAGAGUGUUCCUUCAUUAUAUUUUCUG